AUUGUAUGUUAUUCCAUUUUUAGAAAACGAUUUGUGACCUGUAACAGUCAUUCCAAGAGGUGGGAGGCUGGAAUUUUAGUCAACCGUAAGUCUGCCUGUUUGUUUUUGGAUCCUUUCUUUUGUCAUUACGAGGUAAGUAGCUAAAAUUUUGAAGUUAAUAGCAAAUAAAAACCAGCUACUUCUGUUUGAAAUUUCCAUACAUGUUAAACAAUUUUUUGUUUGUUUAAAUUUCAAUAAAAAGAAGCUGUCAGAAUAAAAUUAAACCUUUUUAAAUUUUAAGUCAAAGCCAACACUGAAGUGAUAAGCAGCCUAUUAGAAGGUCUGAAAGAUAGCUCUGUGAAUUUGAUCGGCGAAUUCGAAGUAAAGCCAUCAACAAACUCUUUGAAGGACAAAAGAGAAAAUAUGUCCUUGCACAAUCAUCUGAUGUGAAACAAACGAGAAUGGAAGAAAAAAAAUUGAAUAAUCAUCACAGCCAGACAAGAACAUACAAUGCGAGAGAUAAAGUUUUAAAAGAAGAUAAUGACUUGGACGUUUGGAGCAAAAUUAAUGUGUGCGCAAAGUCUGAUGAAGAUGAAGACGAAGAAGGGAAUAAGAUAUUUCGAUCUCUCCCUUGGAGAACCGAGGAGGUUUCAGACUUAAUAAGAAGAUGUGACAUGGCAUUGGAAGUAAUUAGAAAAUAUGGCGAACCAUCCGAACGUGCACCAAAUGUUCACUGUCUUGAAUUUGUAAAACUAGAACUUUAAUUGUAAUGUUUUCUUUGCAAGGUUUGUAUAUAUAAAUAUUUUAUUGUUAAAAGAGAAAAUUUAAAAUAUUUGUAAUGUCCUUGUUAAAAACAGUUUGUGAAUAUAUAACA